UCCUCCCUCCCCCCGUGAGGCACCAGCCACCACCACCACCACCCGCUCUUAAACACACUCAGUGAUGUAUGCAAACACACACUUACUUAGUGAGUGACCUGACUGGCCACCGAGGGCUAUCUGUUUCGGGAGCAACUGGGGCUGGCGUGGUGUGGCAACUGUGGCCUGAGUGAGUGAGAACUGAGAACUGUGUACGUGCGUGUGUGUGUGCGUGCGUGUGUGCGUGCGUGCGUGCGCGCCUUACGUGUGUGUGUGUGUGUGUGCACACUGACUUGCUCACUGACUGCCCUCUUGUGCUGAAUUCUUGGGGGUGGGGAGUCGAGGGGCUGAAGUUAGGCUGUGGGGUGUGCCUGCCUGCCUGCCUGCCUGACAUGGAGGGUUAUUUUUGGACCUGCUGACCCCCAACCUCCCCCCAGUAUCAUGGCAGCUGUCUUCCCACCCCUGUCCUGUCCCAUUGCAGCGUCAGGAAUAGAGGGGACACCCCACCACUCCACUGCCCCAGAGACCUCCCUAGCCCAUCACCACCCAACCACCCCUCCACCACUCCUGUCUCUGGCCUAUCAGUGACGGCGUGCGGGUGUGUGGGACAAGAGGCGAGGGUGACGUGUAAGCCUCCAGCCACAGACAGCCACUGUCGGACGUCUUUCUCGCUCUCUAGCUGUCUCUGUUUCUCAUACUAGCUACCAUUAGCUGCUGCCAUUCCCAAUUGAAGUUCUGGAUCUUUCUACCAGUUUAACCAUGCUCUCCUGGUAGCAUAACAUAAUACCACAAAGGAUUAUAACAGUAUUUUGUUCACUUAAAAGGAUUGUUUUUUUCCCGCUGUGGAGAAUCUGAGGUUCUUGCUGGUUCUGAAGAUUUCAACCCACACCUGAAGACCCAACAGGCCCUCCCUGUGCUGUCGGACCUGUCAGCCAGUUGCCUGUCCCUUCUCUGCCCCAAAAAACUCCCUCUCCCCCUGCCCUAGUGGCCCCCUUGUCCACCCCGAGCGGCCCAUGACCGUCGACACGCCAACAUGGCGUUCUCGUCUCGCUUUUCAUUCUGGGAGCAGAAGGUCAAAGAAGAGACCAAGCCACCCAAGAGCUCAAACAGUUCUGACAGCGACGGUAGUCUGAGCAGUCGCACCCAGUCAGUACCUAACCUCGAGCCAGGUAAAGCGGUGCUGCGCUCCAAGAGCCCCCCACCUGCUCGCGAUGACCUUCCUCAAACGCAGAGCAAAGAUCAGCUUCGCAGUCCUUCGUCUACGAGGGCAAGGCCCACAUCGUUCAUGAGCACUGAAGCUCCCAAGAUGCCAGAUCGUUUCAGGACUGCUGAGGUAGCCAAAGCGCCCAUGAGCUCCGAGCCACUGCUAAAUGGGGACAGUAAAGCUAAUGGCGCGCUAAAUGGCCCCCCCGCGAAGCCCGUCAGCGCCAGCGAACCGGAUAUCACAGAGGAACAGGGUUUGACCCGCAAGAAGGUAGUCAAGGUCGUGCGACGGGUGGUGAGGAAGGUGCUUCCGCAAGAGGAGGACAGUUCGAGCCAGCCACAGUCUUCGGCUACUCAUCCACUGAGGAGGCCCUCGGCUGAGUCUUUAGUGAGGGCAACGUCUCCAGAGCCCAUAAAGCAGCUGGCAAGAGCGAAAUCCCCAGAGCCACAAAAACCUGUGGCUGAGAUUCCCAAAGCUGCGGCCCAAACUUCAGUGCCCAAAACAGUCAAACCACCUGUCUUUUCUUUCAAACAUGACACGAUCAAGCAGGAGGAGAAAGACGAUAUUGCGUCCGGGCUCGCCUCCCUCAUGGGCCGCGGCAGGAUCAGAGACCAUCGACCACGGAUCCGCAAAGAGGAGCCGCCCGAAAAAGAGGAAGAGAGAAAAGAGGACAAGAAGGAAGAGAGAGCUGCUGCAGUGGAAAAAGUGAAUGCCAAACAAGCCGAGGAGAAAGCUGUGCCAAAAACAGCCAGUGCGGUGGUGCCAAAACAGGAAGAGAAGUCUGCCCAAGACACUCAGAAAGAGACAAAUAGUGGUCCUCCGUCAAGGCCCCUCUUCUCGCCGGUUCCUGGGUUUAUCCCCACGCCAAAGCCGUACUCCUUGGCCCCACCUCCAGGAUUCAUUCCUACUGUUAAACCAGCCCCUACCAGCUCGUCGACAGCUCAGACUUCUAAAUCAACACCUUCACUGGCUCCGUCGGCAACACCCGCUUCACCUACAGGAAGCAUUCCAGCCUCCAAACCCUCAGUUGCACCGGCCUCUGCUUCAAACCCUGCCACUACACCUGCAUCGGCUCCUGGUGCGACUGCGACGACAGCAGCCUCUAAAACUACCACAACUCCAGGACGGACAUCUUCCGCUCCUGCUCUGUCACCUACCAAGACCCCAGCAGUGACGCCUUCCGUUUCAGCAGCUACAAAAGUCAGCCCUGCAGCGGCCUCAGCUGGAUCUGCCUCCUCCACAACUGCCGCCGCGACCACUACCACCACCACAUCUGUGGCUGGGUCUACUGUUAACUCCAGACCUAAUCCCCCAACUGGAUUUGUUCCGAUCUCCAAGCCGACCUCUCCGUCUGCUCCUGCUGGGGCCGCCGCUGCAGCACCCAGAGCAAAUAUCAUGUCCCCUACACCAGGGUCGGGCCCUGCGCCGAAAGGAAGCCCCAUGUCCCCUACCCCUGGUUCAGGUCCAGCACCCAAAGUGAGCCCCAUGUCCCCAACUCCCGGGUCUGGUCCUGCACCCAGGUCGAGCAUGAUGUCUCCUACACCCGGGCCUGGUCCCACGCCAAAAGGAAGCCCACUGUCUCCCACUCCUGGAUCUGGUCCUCCACCCAAUAGGUGGAGCAUGAUGUCUCCCACACCUGGGUCUGGUCCAGCACCCAAAUCCAGCCCCAUGUCCCCCACACCAGGGUCGGGGCCCACACCCAAAUCCAGCCCCAUGUCCCCCACACCAGGGUCGGGGCCCACACCCAAAUCCAGCCCCAUGUCCCCCACACCAGGGUCGGGGCCCACACCCAAAUCCAGCCCCAUGUCCCCAACACCUGGGUCUAGUCCAGCACCUAAAACAGGCCCCAUGUCUCCCACACCUCCCAUGUCCCCUCCGCCUGGGUUCGUUCCCACCUUGAAGCUUCCCCCCGUGAGGAAACCAGAGGUGAAGAAACCCCCAGCGUUGCCCUCAGCGUUGGCUGCGAAGCCCGCACUUGGCAACGUUUCUAAAGCUCCCUCCACUGUAACUCCAAAGGUGGCACCACUGAGUCCAACUGAAGAAGCUCAGAGGCGGCUUGAACGGAUCUUCAACGCACCUUGUACUGUAAUACCUAAACAGUUGGAGCCGGUGGUAUCUGCCACUGCUUCAGCUCCGGCCCCUUCCCCGGCUGCGGCCUCCUCUACUCAGGUACUGUGCCCACACGGGGGCCCCUCAUGCCCCCCGCAGUCUGCCCACCUCCACCCCCCCUCCGACCCCUCAUCUGCUCCUGCUCCCCAAGGCUUGGCCGGAGUGUGCGCACGAGUAGCCUGUUGGAGCGCUCAGGAGGAGGAGGAUCCAGUGGCCAUCUUGAAAGCGGCACAUGCCGCAGCCGCUCAACCCAAGGUGAAGACCGAGGAGCAGAUCGCAGCAGAGCAGGCAUGGUACGGCUCCGAGAAGAUGUGGCUGGUCCACAAAGAAGGCUUCUCCCUGGCUACGCUGCUGAAGACGGAUCCUGGCAGCCUGCCCGAGGGCAAGGUGAAGAUCAGACUGGAACACGACGGGACUCUACUGGAGGUGGACGAGGACGAUGUGGACAAGGCCAACCCUCCGUCGUUCGACCGCACGGAGGACCUGGCCUCGCUGCUCUACCUGAAUGAGUCGAGCGUCAUGCACACGCUGCGCCAGCGUUACGGCGGGAACCUGAUCCACACCCACGCCGGGCCCAACAUGGUGGUCAUCAACCCCAUCAGCGCGCCCUCCAUGUACUCCGAGAAGGUCAUGCACAUGUUCAAGGGGUGUCGUCGCGAGGACACGGCGCCCCACAUCUAUGCGGUGGCCCAGUCGGCGUACCGCAACCUGCUGACCACGCGGCAGGACCAGUCCAUCGUGCUGCUGGGCAAGAGCGGCAGCGGCAAGACCACCAACUGCCAACACCUGGUCCAGUACCUGGUCUCCAUCGCCGGCAGCACCGGCAAGAUAUUCUCAGCUGAGAAGUGGCAGGCUGUGUACACCAUCCUGGAGGCCUUUGGCAACAGCGCCACAGCCAUGAACUCCAACGCUAGCCGCUUCUCCCAGAUCGUCUCUCUGGACUUCGACCAGGCCGGACAAGUGGCCUCAGCCUCCAUCCAGACCAUGCUACUGGAGAAGUUGAGGGUGACCAAGCGUCCGGAGAGUGAGUCCACCUUUAAUGUCUUCUACUACAUGAUGGCGGGAGCAGACAGCACGCUCAGGACUGAGCUGCAUUUCAACCACUUUGCCGAGAACAGUGCAUUUGGAAUCCUGCCUCAAUCCAAGCCAGAUGAUAAGCAGAAGGCUGCUCAGCAGUUCACCAAGCUGCAGGCUGCCAUGAAGGUGCUGGGCAUCUCCAGUGAGGAGCAGAAGGCCCUCUGGCUCAUCCUGGGGGCCAUAUACCACCUGGGGGCCGCCGGGGCCACCAAAGCGGGCCGUAAGCAGUUUGCGCGUCACGAGUGGGCCCAGAAGGCUGCCUACCUGCUGGGCUGCACGCUGGAGGAGCUGUCGUCGGCCAUCUUUAAACACCAGGUCAAGGGGACGCUGCAGAGGUCCACCUCCUUCCGCGGAGGACCUGACGACCUGGGCUCCGGAGAUAGCUCAGGCCCCAAGACCACUGCGCUGGAGUGUCUGGAGGCCAUGGCGUCAGGCCUGUACUCGGAGCUCUUCACCCUGGUCAUCUCGCUUGUUAACCGAGCCCUGAAGGCGAGCCAGCACUCUUUGUGCUCACUGCUGAUCGUGGACACCCCGGGCUUCCAGAACCCUCGGCUGGCCAAGCGCGAUCGCGGAGCUACCUUCGAGGAGCUCUGCCAUAACUACGCCCAGGAGAGACUGCAGACUCUCUUCCACGAACGCACCUUCGUACAGGAGCUGGAAAGAUACAAGGAGGAAAACAUAGAGCUUGCGUUAGAUGACAUAGAGUCCAGUACAUCCCUGUCUGUAGCGGCUAUAGACCAAGCCUCCACACAAGCGCUGGUGCGGACGUUGGCCCGUACGGAUGAGGCGCGUGGUCUGCUGUGGCUGAUGGAGGAGGAGGCGGUGCUGCCGGGCGGAUCAGAGGAGACCCUGCUCGACAGACUCUUCAGUUACUACGGCAACGCAAACGGAGACAACAAAGGAAAUGCUCUCCUGCUGAAGAGCGAGAAGGCGCAUCACUUCCUGUUGGGCCACGGCCACGGCACGGACUGGGUGGAGUACAACGUGCAGGGCUGGCUCACCCACGCCAAGCAGAACCCCGCCUCCCAAAACGCAGCAUCACUGCUGCAGGAUUCCCAGAAGAAGAACAUCAGUGGCCUGUUCAUGGGUCGUGCGGGCGGUGCGACGGUGCUGUCGGGCUCCAUCGCGGGGCUGGAGGGCGGCUCACAGCUGGCCCUGCGCCGGGCCACCUCCAUGAGGAAGACCUUCACCACUGGCAUGGCUGCCGUCAAGAAGAAGAGCCUCUGCAUACAGAUCAAGCUGCAAGUGGAUGCUCUGCUGGACACGGUGAGAAGGUCCAGGGUGCACUUUGUGCACUGCCUGCUGCCCAAAGCCGACGCCCUGUACGGGGACCUGAAGCUGGGUAUGGGCGGCCCGUCCCCGUCCCCGUCCCUUCGCGGCAGCGAGAGCGAUGUCCACGGAGAGAGCUGCGACACGGGCCUCAUGCAGCUGGACGUGGGCCUGCUGAGGGCUCAGCUCCGGGGCUCCAAGCUCCUGGACGCUCUUAGGAUCUACAGGCAAGGUUACCCUGACCACCUGGUGUUCUCGGAGUUCCGCCGGCGAUUCGACGUGCUGGCGCCGCAACUGACCAAGAAGCACGGACGCAACUUCAUCGUGACCGACGAGAAGAGGGCGGUGCAGGAGCUCCUGGAGUCUUUAGAGUUGGAGAAGAGCAACUACCACAUGGGACUGAGUCGGGUGUUCUUCAGGGCGGGUAUCCUGGCUAAGCUGGAGGAGCAGAGGGACCUCCAGACCAGGAGGAACAUCACCCUCUUCCAGGCGGCAUGCAGAGGCUUCCUGUCCAGGCAGGCCUUCAAGAAACGCAAGAUCCAGGACCUGGCCAUCCGCUGCAUCCAGAAGAACAUCAAGAAGAACCGCGGGGUGAAGGGCUGGCCCUGGUGGAAGGUCUUCACCACCGUCAGGCCCCUCAUCCAGGUGCAGCUCAGCGAGGAGCAGAUACGCGGCAAAGACGAGGAGAUUCAGCAUCUGAAGUCCAAGCUGGAGAAGGUGGAGAAGGAGAGGAACGAACUUAGGCUCAACAGCGACCGCCUAGAGAGCAGGAUUACAGAGUUGUCGUCGGAGCUUGCGGAUGAGCGCAAUACGGGGGAGUCGGCCUCACAGCUGCUGGAGUCAGAGACCUCAGAGAGACUACGCCUGGACAAAGACAUGAAGGACCUUCAGGCCAAGUUUGAGAGCAUGAAGAAGCAGAUGGAGUGUAUGGAGAUGGAGGUGAUGGAGGCUCGCCUCAUACGCGCCCACGAGCUCAACGGGGAGAUGGACGACGACGACACAGGUGGCGAGUGGCGUCUGAAGUAUGAGCGGGCCAUCAGGGAGAUCGAGUUCACCAAGAAGAGGCUGCAGCAGGAGUUUGAUGACAAGCUGGAGGUGGAGCAGCAGAACAAGAGACAGCUGGAGAGGAGGCUGACGGACAUGCAGGCGGAUAACGAGGAGGUCCAGCGCGUGGCCGCCCAGCUGAAGAAGAAGAGCCAGCGGCUCACAGCAGAGCUGCAGGACACCAAGCUGCACCUGGAGGGCCAGCAGAGCAGGAACCACGACCUGGAGAAGAAACAACGCAAGUUUGACUCGGAGCAGACGCAGGCCCAGGAGGAGGUGGCGAGGGAGCGCAGCCUGAGGGAGAAACUGGGCCGCGAGAAAGACAUGCUGACCGGAGAGGCCUUCAGCCUGAGACAGCAGCUGGAGGAUAAGGACCUGGAGAUGGUUGCGUUGAAUCUGAAGGUGGACCAGCUGGAGGCCGAGCUGGCCGACCUGUCGUCACAGGAGAGCAAGGACGAGGCCUCGCUGGCCAAGGUCAAGAAGACGCUGCGCGACCUUGAGGCCAAGGUCAAGGACCAGGAGGAGGAGCUGGACGAGCAGGCCGGCACCAUCCAGAUGCUGGAACAGGCGAAGCUGCGUCUGGAGAUGGAGACGGAGAGGCUGAGGCAGACCCACUCCAAGGAGAUCGAGAACAAGGACGAGGAGGUGGAGGAGAUCAGGCAGUCCUGCAGCAAGAAGUUGAAGCAGAUGGAGGUUCAGCUGGAGGAGGAGUAUGACGACAAGCAGAAGGUGCUGAGGGAGCGCAGGGAGCUGGAGAACAAACUGCUGGCCGCUCAGGACCAGGUGAGUGUGCGUGACGUGGAGGGUGAGAAGCGGUUGAGGAAGGACCUGAAGCGCACCAAGGCCCUGCUGGCCGACGCCCAGAUCAUGCUGGACCACCUCAAGAACAACGCGCCCAGCAAGAGGGAGAUCGCACAGCUCAAAAACCAGCUGGAGGAGUCUGAGUUCACGUGUGCGUCUGCAGUGAAGGCUCGCAAGGCCAUGGAGGUGGAGAUAGAGGACCUGCACGUGCAGAUGGAUGACAUCUCCAAAACCAAGCUCGCCUUGGAGGAGCAGUUGAGUCGUGUACAGCGUGAGAAGAAUGAUCUUCAGUCUCGCAUGGAGGAGGACCAGGAGGACCUGAACGACCUCAUGAAGAAACACAAGGCUGCCGUGGCACAGUCGUCACAGCACCUGGCCCAGAUCAGUGACCUGCAGGCCCAGCUGGAGGAGGCCCUGAAGGAGAAACAGGAUGUUCAGGAGAAGCUGUCGUCGCUGCAGAGCCAGCUGGAGUUCCAGGAGACAUCCAUGGUGGAGAAGUCGAUGGUCAGCCGGCAGGAGGCCAAGAUCCGCGAGAUCGACACCAAGCUGGAGUUCGAGAAGACGCAGGUCAAACGCCUGGAGAGCCUGGUGGCGCGUCUGAAGGAGAGCGUGGAGAAGCUGACGGAGGAGCGUGAUCAGCGCAGCGCCAGCGAGACACGCGAGAAGGAGCAGAACAAGCGUCUGCAGCGGCAGAUCCGCGACGUCAAGGAGGAGAUGGCCGAGCUCGCCAAGAAGGAAGGAGAGGCCAGCCGCAAGAAGCACGAGCUGGAAAUGGACAUCGAGAGCCUUGAAGCAGCCAAUCAGAGCCUGCAGGCGGAUCUGAAGCUGGCCUUCAAACGCAUCGGGGACCUGCAGGCCGCCAUCGAGGACGAGAUGGAGAGCGAUGACAACGAGGACCUCAUUAACAGUUUACAAGACAUGGUGACUAAGUAUCAGAAACGAAAGAACAAAACUGAGGGGGAGUCAGGCUCCGACUCGGAGGUGGAGGACCGUGUGGACGGGGUGAAGUCGUGGCUGUCCAAAAACAAGGGCUCGGCCAAGAACCUGUCAGACGACGGCAGCCUGAAGAGUUCAAGAUACCCUGCAAACGCCGCAAACGCCGACGUGAAAGAAGGCAUAGAGUGGGAUUGGAAAGAGGGUAAGGAAUGGAAAGAGAACGGCAAAGACGGUAAAGAGUCAGAGCAGGGCCGAGUGUCCGUCAUGAGUUCCCUCAGCUACAGGAAGCGAGGCAAGGACUCCAAGGACGACAGCUCCCUCCUAAGCUCCCUGAAGGGAGACCAGUCCAAGGACUCGUCCGAUACACUCUCGUCCUUCCGCAAGGGCAGCAAGAGCAGAAACGGGUCGGCGGACGGCCAGGAGUCCUGGAGAAAGACCCAGUCCCGGGCCAGCGACGACUUGGACGACCGCGGCUCCGUCAUCUCCCAGGCCUACUCGGAGGCCGCCAGCCGGGCCCGGAAGGGCAUGGACAGCCGCUGGUCCGAGUUGGAGUCCCUCCCGCCGAGCCGCGCCUCCACCCGCCGCACCCUGUGGGACAUGGACGACGACGAGGACAGCAGGUCCGUGGUGAGCGUGUCGAGUCGCCGCCGCAGCCUGUCCCGCCUCGAGGGCCGACUGGGCUCGCCCGUGUCCCCGACGCCGAGCCGGAGGUCGGGAGGCCGCAGCCCUGGUAGCGUGAGCCGCGCCGACUCCCGCAUGUCCGUGGCCCGCAGCUGCCGGCUGAGCGAGUUCGGUGUGGACGACGACACGCGCAGCAUGGCCUACAGCGACGCCCGGUCGUCGGCCUACAGCCCCCACUCCAGCAUGUCCGGACGCAGCGUGUCCAUGCCCCCGCAGGCCCGCGCCACCAGCGGCAGCCCCCCCGACACCUCGGACGUCAAGCCCGUCACCCACCGCAACUACCUGGACCCCGACCUGGAGAAGGCCAUCAACGAGGUGCUCAGCUUCAAGCCCAUCAAGUUCAAGCGCACCAGCCUUGAAGACUCGGAGGCGGAAUCCACUGUAGGCACAGGCAGCAAGAAGGAUAAGGUUAAGGAUGAGGAUGAUGAUGAUGUCGGUGUAGGGAGGAAGAGCAGCUUGCGGCGCUCGGCCUCGACCGCAGACUUCAGCCGAUCGGCCAGCAGCAUGAGCACGCGCAGCAGCCGCAGCACCAAGAGCACCAAGUCCUCCAAGAAGAACAAGAAGAAGAGCAAGAAGAAGAACCGCGACAGCUCCGAGAGCGAGUCCGAGAGCUCUGAUGAUGGGCGCCACAGCAAGAGAGGCAAGAGCAAAAAAUCCAAGAAGUCCAAGAAGAAGUCUAAGAAGGCCUCCUCGUCCUCCUCAUCCUCCUCCAGCUCAGAGUCGGAGUCGGACUCCAGCUCCGGAGCGUCCACCAUCUCCUACCGCAGCACCAACAGCGUCAAGAGAGCCCCCAGCAGCAAGCACCCCUCUGGCUCCGAGGACGAGGAGGAGGAGAGGGACGCCCAGACGCCCGCAGAAGGGGCGCCUCCGCUCAACAAGAAGGACGAGAAGAAGAGGAAGAAGAAAAUGGACAGCCUGGUGAUGAAGUACCUGUACAGGCCUGGCAGCCCCGACAGCGGCGAGUAGAGCGUGAGGCCGGCCCCAUCCCGGGCCAGGCCAGAACAGCGAGACUCAGCACCCUCCUUCAAGGCGACGCUACCGCUACGAUCGAUCUGAUGAAGAGGAGGAAGAAGAAGAGAAGGAGGAGGGCGGC